AUGAAUUUAUUGCCGAAAUUGUUAAUUUGUUUUACCAUUAUCGCUUUGACUUAUGCUGAUGAUGAUGGCAUGUCUGUAAAAGAUAUUGCGGAAGCAUUAAUGUCAUUUGGAGAAGAUUGUGAUCCGAAACCGGAUGAAGAGCAUAUUAUCGAGGUGGUUAAAAAUGUUCAAGAUGCCCAAUACACUUCGAAAUGCUUUAGGCAUUGUUUAAUGGCUCAAUUUGAUUUGAUACAAGAAGGUUCUCAGGUAAUGGAUAAAGAGAAAACCCUUGAUAUGAUGGGUUCAAUGUUUUCAGAUCGUAAAGAUGAUUUAGGUGAAAUUAUCGAUGAGUGUAAUAGUAAAAAUGAGGCCAUUGCCGAUAAAUGUGAAAAUGCCCAUGCUCAUGGCAUGUGCAUGAUGGAUCUAAUGAAAGAACGUGAUUUUGAUAUACCCGAUCUAAAGGAUGAGUAA